ACUAAACCAACCGGCCAUUUUUGAAGUUAGGAAGCUGAUUGCGAAAGCAAAUUUCAUUCUUUUAUUCAUAUUUUGAAGAUAUUUAGUAAAUAUUACUUAUUAUAACUGCUGAAAAGUCUUUUUUAACCAUUUGAGAUUUUAUUUCAAGUUUUAAAGAUUUAGUAAAACAAAAUGAUACCACAAAGUUUGAUUCUCAUUUAAAAAUUCUUUAUUUUCAGAUUAAGAUGCCGAGACGCGCUGCCGCAAAAACCACUGUUAAACCUUCAAAAGCUGUAAAAAAAGUAAAGGGUAAAGCUUUAGUAGAUGAGGUUGAACUGUCCAAGGAACAAGAGAAUGGUGUAACAGAGAAUGUCGACGCUUCGGGAGAAGGUUCCCAAGAAGAAAUGGACGAGAAUGUUGUUACAAGAAUACAAUUGGAAGUAAAUGGAAAGGAUGAGCCCAUCAAACGCAAAGCAGAUGAGAAUGAUGAAGAUGCCACAGAAGAACCCCCAACAAGCCCAGUGAAAAGAUCUAAAAGAACAAUCAAGAAGAUAGUUGAUAAAGACGAAGAUUCCAUGUCCGAAAAUACCGAUAAAAUUGAAGAAGGUGAGGAAAAUCAAAAAACACCUCCUCCAAAGGGAAAAAAAGGAAGACAACCUAAAAAAGCACAGAAAAAUGAAGAGAACGGUACUAAAGCAGUAAAGCCAAAAAAGGGCCAAACCACGAAAAGAACUUUUGAAAAGACCGAAGGUGACACUGCCGACUCAGAUAACAACGAAAAAGAAGACAUCGAUGACGAAGUACUUGAAGCUAAGCCUAAAAGAGGUCGUCCUGCUAGAAAAGGCGCAAAAUCAUCAGAACAAAAUGGGGUAAACGAAGAGACUCAAGCUAAAAGAGGUCGAGGUAAGGCUAAUAAACAGGCACCUAAGAAAGGAAAUAAAGUAGAAGAAAAUGAUGUUCCAGAACAGAACGGUCAAACUGACGAAAAAGAAGAUGAAAUAAAAAAACCAAGAGGUCGUGGAAAAAAAGCUGAAGUAAAUGAAGAACCACAGUCUAAACCCAAGGCAAGAAGAGGCAGGCAAGCCAAACCCGACCCAAACAAUGAGAAAAGUGGUGAUAAUGAAUCUGAAAUCGCCGAAGAGCCCAAACCAAAGCCAAAAGGUAGGCGAGGAAGACAAAAAGCUCGUGAACCUGAGGAAGAAGUUGAGGAAACUGGUGACCAUGAGUUGGAAACAAUUGAAGAAGUGAAAGCUAAGCCCAAAGGUAGACGGGGAAGAGCGAAAGCCCGUGAAUCAUCUGAAGAUCGCGAAGAAAAUGAAGAUUUAGGGACAGCAAUGGUUGAAGAGGAAGUAAAAGUCAAACCAAAAGGUAAACGAGGAAGAGCAAAAGCCCCUGAACCUUCCGAGGAACCCGAAGAAAAUAAUGAGUUGGCGACAGAUGUGGCUGAAGAAGCCAAAGCCAAACCAAAAGGUAAACGAGGAAGGGCAAAAGCCCCCGAACCAUCUGAAGAAAAUGAUGAAUUAGCAGCAGAAAUGGCUGAGGAAGAAAGCAAAGUCAAACCAAAAGGUAAAAGAGGAAAAGCAAAAGCUCCUGAACCAGUUGAAGAACCAGAAGAAAACGAUGAGUUAUCACCAGAAAUAGCUGAGGAAGAAAUUAAAGCCAAACCAAAAGGUAAAAGAGGAAAAGCAAAAGCUCCUGAACCUGAGGAAGAAACUGAAGAAAAUGACAAGGAAUCAGAAGCUGGAGAGGAAGAAGUGAAAGUCAAACCUAAAAGCAAGAGAGGUAGACCAAAAGCACGCGAGCUUCAGGAAGAACCUGAGGAGAAUGGUGAACAUGAAUCAGAAACUGUUGAAGAAGAAGCGAAGCCGAUAGAAAAAGAAGAAUCAGAAACUAGUGAAGCUGUUUCUCACAAUGAAAAAUUAGAUGAUCAAAAUGAAAAACAAGAAGAUUCAAAAAAGGCAGCCAAAGGAGAGAAAAGAUCUCGUAAACCAAAAAAAGAGGAACCAGAGCAGAAUGGUAAUGACAAGCCUAAAGUUCAGAGGAAGAGAGCACCAAAGCUUCUAAGUGACGACGUAGAAUACACUAGAAAAAACGAUUACGAUAUCAUCAAAUACCUCACGGAAGAAACCUGGAAGGAAGCUUUAGAUUCAGAGAUGAAAAGGAACUACUUUCUAUGCCUGCAAGACCAAUUGGGAGAAAUCAAAGACUCAAAGUUCUUCCCCCCUGAGGAAUUGGUAUUCAACGCUUUUAACCUCACCCCCUUAGAUAAAGUUAAGCUAGUAAUUUUGGGUCAAGAUCCAUAUCACGAUGAUGGACAAGCUCACGGUUUGGCUUUUUCAGUACCCGAGGGAGUAGACAUUCCAAAAUCGUUGAAAAACAUCUAUAAAGAACUCUCAUCAGACAUUGAUGGUUUUGAAGCACCAAAUUCUGGUUGCUUGACGAAAUGGGCCGAACAAGGCAUUUUUCUACUUAAUACAGUCUUGACUGUCCUCCCACACGAAGCUAACUCUCACGCUCAAAUUGGUUGGCAGGCUUUCACUGAACUUGUGAUAAAGUUGAUCAGUGAUAAGUGCACCAACGUGGUGUUUGUGUUAUGGGGAAAACAAGCUCACUUGAAAGGCGAACAGAUUGAUGAGGAAAAGCAUUUGGUCUUGAAAGGGGCCCACCCUUCACCAUUAAGCGUUACUAAGUUCAUGGGCUGUAAACACUUUUCGAAAGCAAACGAAUAUUUGAAGGCCAAUGGUAAAGAGCCAAUCGAUUGGAAAUUAUGA